ACCUGCUCAAAAUAGGUGUGAAAUCCCUAACUUUACAUUUCCGAUAUAAAUCGCAGGAUAAGGGAGAUAAAUUUGUUUUUCACAUUUCAUCUAAUUUUUUAUUUUGUAAGUAUUAAAAAAUAAUUGAAUUUUUUUAAGCUUCAUUCAUAGCUGGUCAGCUGUCAUACCAAGAAUUCUUACGGAUUCUAAGCUUACAGAAAAAUGCCGUUUCAAUUUCACCCCAUCACUCUUGGCUGUAUACUGAUCGUGGCAGUUGGAACGGUCAUUUAUACUUACAUGACGACAAGACAACAGCCGCAAGCAUUGGGUGGUGGCAGGGGAAGAAGAUCAAGAGAAAACAUUUUCGAAGAACCCCCAUUUUCACGAACAAGACAACAAGCGCAAGAACACAUUAUUGUCAGGAGAAGGAGGUCAAGGGAAAACAUUUCUGAAGAAACCCCAUCUUUAGGAGCAGUACGACAGGUGCAAGAACACAGUAACAACGGGAGCAAUAGAUCAAUACAAAACAUUUCUGAUGAACCCCCAUCUUUAGGAGCAAGACAAGCACAAGAACAUAGUUAUGAAGGGAAUAGAGGAUCAAUACACAACAUUUCCGAAGAGCCUCGAUCUUUAGGAACUUCUAGAUCCUCUUCCUGGUCAGCACUAUCCGAUGAUAGUGAACAGUGGACAAUAAUCUCGUAAAGAGAAAUAAUAAGACAAUUGUACGAUCGUUUGCCACCUCUGAAAUGGGAAUCCAUUCUCAUUGCAUACAUAUGGCUGAACAAAACCACCUGCCCUAUGUCGGACAGAAAUCGUAUCUAGUUUUUCUCUUAUUGGACAACAUACAAAUAGUAAAAUAGUGUAACAAAGAUAAUUGUUAAGAUUAGUAUUAGUAUAUUAGUAGUAUAAGUAUACUUUAGGUAAGAAAGAGAAGUCGAUAGUUUGAGAUACAAUUAUAAGAUAAAUUUUUUUUAUUAGAAAGAUAGGUAUAUUUUUAAAAUUUUUGUUGCAACGAGAAUAUGAUUUUUUUGACUGUUUGGACAAAUUUGGAAGUACUUUCAUAAUUAUAUAUGUUAAUCCAAAAAUUUUAACGUAACAAUAGAUUUUGGCUAAAAUAACUUGGAUCAUCUAAAGUUAGUGUAGGAAAUUUACGUUACUUGAUGUUCUCGCAUUGCAACUUUUUUCAUUCUAUUUUUAGAUUUCAAAUAUUCUUAUUUGCAUGUCUUUUACUAAUAUUACGAUAAAUUAUAAAGAAGUGACAUUAAUUAAUUUAAUCAUAAUGUUUUGCAAACUUUUUGUUAAUUUACAUGUAGGUUAUAGUUUUUGGUUUGGGUAGAUGUAUAUAAAAAUCGUAUUACAUUUUAAUCAAUUUUACUUAAUUCGAAAACCUAGAAUCAACUGGAAUGGCACCCUUUAAAUUUUUUAGCCUUUUACUAGUUUGACAACAUAUUUGUUUCAUUGUUCGGUUAUUUUAUUUAUUCAAAAACAAAAUUUUAAAUCAUUUUAUUCUUAAAAAUGAUUGUGUGUAGUGGAACAUUUUUUUUGUUAGUUUUGUCAGGCACUCGUGUUUCCACGAAAAAUAAAUAUAAAAAAUGUCAUUAAAAUAAUAAUG